AUGCCACUCAACGAGGUGCAUCGUCUUCAUACCCUCGUGGUCACUCUGUUGGGUCAGGACCCGGCUCACCGCAACUUCACUCUCAAUGGGAACGCGUUCCAGCAAGACGCCAUCAUCUCCUUCAAGGGUUGGCAAUAUGCCGUGUUCUACAGUAGCUGUUCUCUCCCAGGUACGGAGAACGAUACUCAGCUUGAACCUCUCUUCGUCUGCUUGGCUCGGCGUAGAUUGCCUGACACUGAGUGGCAAACGAUAGUUUUCGACGAUUAUCGCCAAACUACUGACGAUGGCCACAAUACCGUACAGAUGGGCAUCUGUCCGGGUGAUGGUAUCAUUCAUCCAUCUUACGACCAUCACUGUGACGUCUUGAGAUACCGAUAUUCCAUAGAAGGCAUUGCCAGUGAUCCAGAACGAUUCCGAUGGAGCAAAGACGUGUUCACUUCGACUCUCAACCAUGUUCCCGGAAUUGACGAACCUCACGAGAACUUCGGCUACGUUACCUACCCACUUUUUGGUACCUUGGGAGACGAUAUGUUCUUCUCCAUCAGAAAUGGCAAAGCUGGCCUCGAGGACGACCUGUUGUACAUAUAUCAUGCCGCAACAGGUUUGCACGAUUGGGAUGAUCCUCUGGAUACGAAAAACAAGCAACAAGCUGGACCCAAUGGCGCCGAAAACAACCAUAACAUAUGCUACGCUUAUAGCAAUGAUAGAGGGUACACAUGGAAGAACGGGCAAGACGAAACGAUCGCUCCGUUGAACGAGGGAGGCUCAAUUACACCUUAUUGCCCCGGCCUUGUUGCUUUUGAGAUCCCCAAGGGGCGAGGUUUGACAAACCAAGAGGCACAGGCAGUCGAUCAGGAGGGCGGGCAUAUCAUCGGGCCGGUACCUAGUCCUCGACGCGGCCGUCUAGCCAUCGGCAAAACUGGUGAUCUCUUUCUGAUCCUUCCCGACCCGACCGACUCAUCCAUCCGUAUCCUCAAAUCAUCAAAAGCAAAAGCCUACGCUGACGCAGUAGAGAUCUGGAGUGGCGUUGGCUUCAUAGGAGAGCCGCUUGUGGACAUCAAAAGGCUUGAGGAGGAAGAUAUCAUGUCCAUCUUUGCCAUCGCCAAGUCGGCGACCUCAUCCGAAGACCGCCAAGUUGUCGUCCUCGACUUCCGUACAUGGCGCAAAUGCGCGGGGAGGGAGUCAGAUGAACCAGUUCCAUCGAGGGGAUGACAAGAGAUGCGCAUCAAAGAAAUGUGAUUGGCGGGUUGUAGUUGGUGAGCGACACGUUACCGCCCAUCAUCUCCCCGAUAAGUCCGCGACGGACACCACCCCAUCGAUGAAGUGGCGAGAUGGUGCCCCUAGUCCCUGGCAUUGAAAGGUUCUAUGUACGGUGUAGACAGCGGGGGACUGUAAGGGCCCAUGGUCUCAGCGAAUUCAAUUUCAAAGUGCCGAAGUCCCAUUUCCGGCGUCCAAAAUAACGUUAGAUACGGACACUGUAGAUGAGAUAGAGCUCUCCAGCAAUCAUCAUACAGUGGAUAUUCGACCCUCAUUCCAAGGUUGCGCCAAGAGCCACCACAAAAACUCACUGUGUCGUAUUUCGCCCCCAAAUCUCCCAUCUCAUUAGAGGACUUUGAUCCUCAGAAAGAUGAGACACAUGGCUUCGUGAAAGUCUUUCCUCUCAGGUAUCCGUCAUCACCACCAUGUACUUCGUAGCAAGUGCCGCCAUAGA